UCAAAAUGGCAGCGCGCACAACAAUAUUUUUCUUCUCUGCUUUUCCCUCUGGUUUUUAGAUUUCUGAAUGAGUCUGCGGGUUUUGUAAUCUCCGAGCAACCGUGGGCGUAAGAUUGUAAGGUGCUUGUGACUUGUUGACUAGUUCCAACUAGAGCUGUGAAGAGUCAAUCAUGGCUCCCAACAAACCACGCAAGAAAGCUAAAGCAAACUUGACCCCUGAGUCAGUGAAGGUCAUUGCUGAAUCCAUCGGUGUUUCUCAUCUUCCUGAUGACGCGUCUCUCAUGUUGGCUGAAGAUGUUACCUUCAGACUCAAGAAUCUCAUCCAAGAGUCAGAAAAGUUUGCAAGGCAGAGUAAAAGGAAGAGAGUGUCGACAUCAGAUUUUGACAACGCCUUGAGGAUACAGAAUGUUGAGCCUCUCUAUGGUUUUACCACUCCUGAAUCCAUCCCAUUCCGCUUUGCCAGCGGUGGCGGACGAGAGCUGCAUUUUAUUGAAGAGAAAGAAGUUGAGUUAUCAGAUAUAAUCAGUACACCAUUACCUAAGGUGCCUAUAGACGUCAGCCUUAAAGCUCAUUGGUUAAGUAUUGAAGGAGUUCAACCGGCUAUUCCUGAGAAUCCACCUCCAGUUGGACGAGAUCAGCAGAAGACAGAAGCAACGGACACCUUAAUCCCCAAGAAGCCGUUAUCCAAAGACCAGCUUGGAGGCAAGCCAGGAGAGGAUGGGGGUAAACCUACACCCCAUGGACUCAAAGGCAAAGGGGCAUUGGUAGCUGAAGCAGUCAAACUCAAACCUGUUAUAACACAUGAACUGUCUGUGGAGCAACAAUUAUACUACAAGGAGAUAACGGAGGCAUGCGUCGGAUCAUCAGAAACAAGAAGAGCAGAAGCUCUGAACAGCUUGACUAGCGAUCCUGGACUGUAUCAGAUGCUACCAAGAUUCAGCACUUUCAUCUCAGAAGGAGUGAAAGUAAACGUCGUUCAGAAUAAUCUGGUUCUACUCAUCUAUAUUAUGAGGAUGGUUAAGGCACUGAUGGAUAAUACCACACUGUACCUCGAAAAAUAUCUUCAUGAGUUAGUACCAGCCGUCAUGACAUGCAUCGUCAGCAAGCAACUCUGUCUAAGACCAGACGUUGAGAAUCAUUGGGCAUUAAGAGAUUUUGCAUCCAGACUUAUCUCUGGCAUCUGCAAAAAAUUCAGCACGACGACAAACAACUUACAGCUGCGUAUUUCUAAGACGUUUGACAAGUGUCUGUGCGAUGAGAAGGCAACAAUGGCUGCAGUGUAUGGUGCCCUCUCUGGGCUGUGUGAACUUGGAACCGAGAUCAUCAAGACAAUGGUGUUAGGUAAACUUCCAUCAAUCAGCGACAGGGUUAGGUUGGCGUCGGAGUCACCCAUCGUUGGUAAUGUGGAUAAGAAUGCUACAGAUCAUCUCAUACAACUUGUACUGAAACACUGCGGUCCAUACCUGAAACAGACCCGGUCCACCCCAGAUGAAGUUGACGCAUACAAGGCUGAAUUUGGCUUCUUGGGUACCGCACUAUUUGCCCAGGUUAUUAAGCUGAGAACUCAGCCUGCUCUGUCUGGUUCCCAGUCUUCUUCUAGUCAUCAUGGGAGACCAUCAUUGAAUCUAUCCCAGGCUCGCUCCGCCUCUAGCCUUGGACUUAUUCCUCGUACCUCUAUACCUGGUGGUUCAUCACAUACAACCCCUAUGUCAGCAGGUAUACCUCGAACCCCAACACUCCUAACAAGACCAACCUUCCAGAGGUUGUCCUCAUCCCCAGCAGCCUCAAGCUCCCAGAAGAUUGUCAUUGUGACAACGCCAAACUCUAAAAGCUCCACCAUUGUGUCUCCGCUUCAAACAUCAACAAUAGUUACUUCACCGCCCUCCACUCCAACCCAAACAACGUUCGUCAAAGUCAUCGGUGGCAGUAAGACUACAACCCCAAAGUUUAGCACCCCGACUCCCGCAGGCACUUCCACACAGAAGAUCGUUGUAGUGACCCAGUCAUCAACUGUUAUCACCAGACCACCCCAGCAGCCAUCGCCAAAGGUCAAAGUUGAAAUGCCGAGCGUGAAGGUCGAGCCGCAAGAUUCACCAUCUGGGACGUCAGGUGCAGAGACCAACAUGUUGAUGUCGCUGGUUCAUGCUGCAAGUAUGCAGUCACCUUUAAGCACGGAAGGAGAGUUGAAGACUGAAGGUGGGGCGUCUUAAAGGUGGAGGGUUACCAAGAACAGGCCUGUAUGUUUUUUUUUUGGAAGGGCAAGGGCACCAAGGCAUUUUCUCCUUGGUAAAGGGCGACCUAUGAGGAAAUUUCUAAUUAGCUGAAGUUGACAUCGUUUAGUCAGAUACAAGACGUUUGUUGAUCAUAGAUUUUCACAUCUGCUGAAUUUUUUCAUCAUGGUUUUUUAAAUAAAUUAAUUGAAUAGGUUUCUAUGGAUAUUAUUAAUUUUCAAAACUUCACAGAAGAAAUCAUAAGUAAAUUUGUCAUCAAAAGUUAAAUUCUUUUAUUGCAGAAAACAUCAUAGAGUGUAUAUUAUAUAAGUGCAUGGGUUAUUAAUACAGUUUUAUUUACAAGGUUUUUGUUUUGUUUUUACAGAAAUAUGUACAAAACUUAAAUUUUAUCAGUGAAUAGUUGUAGUCAACACCCUAGAUGCACAAAGGACUGCAGAUAUACCAAUGUAGCCUAAUUCUUAGUGUAAAGUUUAUAAAACAUGUGAAAUGCAAUGUUACCAUGUUCACCUUCUAAUAGUAUACUGUAAAUAAAACAUUUUUCUGCUA